UUGAAUUUUGUGCAUUACGUUCAUUCUUAAAACGCAUUUCGACACUCAAGGUGUUAUUAUCCUCGGUAAAAGUACCUACGCUUUAUGUGCAAAUUAAAGCCACAAAAGCACAAGUUUUAAUUUUAGCAUGGCUCUUUCGAUCUCAUCAACUCUCGCAAAUAUCCUCAUUUGCCUUGGAACGCUUGUUAUGUUUCUUUACUUUUAUUUUAAACGUGCCUAUACUUAUUGGAAUAAAUAUGACUUAUAUGUGGUCCCUCCAGUUAUUCCAUGUGGAAGCGUAGGAGGCAUAAUAAAUAGAGAGGAAUCAUUUGGCGUUACUUUGUCAAAAAUAUACAGACAAGUUAAAGAAAAGGGUGAAAAGCAUGCUGGACUUUUCGUCUUAUUAAAUCCCUUAUAUAUGCCACUGGAUCCUCUCAUAAUCAAGAAUAUCUUCAUCAGAGAUUUUAAUUCGUUCACCGACCAUGCUAUAUAUUAUAAUGAAAAAGAUGAUCCACUAAGCGCUAAUGUAUUGACACUGGAAGGUGACGAUUGGAGAAGAAUAAGAACUAAAUUGACUCCAACAUUUACAUCAGGGAAAAUGAGGAAAAUGUUUGAUACAAUUUGGAUUUGCAGUGAUAGAUUAGUAAAUAAAUUUGACAAUAUGAUUGAAACGAAAGAACCGUUUGGGAUCGGAGAGAUACUCGCUUGCUAUUCGACAGAUGUCAUAGGAUGUUGCGUUUUUGGUAUAGAAUGUAACAGUUGCGAAAAUCCCAACUCUGAUUUUCGAACCAACGGAAAAAGAGUAUUCGACACUACAAGGAUGGAUAUGAUUAAAAAGUCAUUUGCCAGAAACUUUCCUGAAGUUGCACGCUUUCUAAAAAUACGUGUCUUACCGAAGGAAAUUUCAGAUUUUUUUUUAAAAGUUGUAGACGAAAACAUCAAACAUCGACAAGUAAAUAAUGUGAAAAGAAAUGAUUUAUUUCAAACACUACUGGAGCUAGAAAAAGACCAACAAGAUCAGAUAAAGAAGAGAAACAAAAUAACAGCAGAAACUUUUGUUUUCUUUAGUGCAGGUUUUGAGACAUCUUCUGUCGCUAUGACUUUCGCAUUGUACGAACUUGCUCUUAAUACUAAUAUACAACAUAAAUUACGACAGGAAGUGUUAUCGAUUCUUCAAACACACGACGAGAAGUUAACAUACGAAGCACUGAUGGAAAUGGAGUAUCUUAAUAAGGUUAUUGACGAGACGCUAAGAAAGUAUCCACCUGUAGCUUUACUGGUCAGGAAAUGCGUAGGAGAUUAUAAGAUAGAAAACAGCAAUGUGGUCAUCAAAAAAGGGGUGAAAGUUAUCGUAUCAACAUUGGGUAUUCACUCUGAUCCAGAAUAUUAUCCAAAUCCGCAAAAAUUUGACCCUGACAGAUUUAAUAGCGAAAACAAAAGUAAACGGCCAGCUUGCACAUUUUUGCCUUUCGGUGAAGGCCCUCGAAACUGUAUAGGAUUAAGAUUUGGACUACUGUUAGUCAAAAUUGGAGUAGUGAAUGUCAUAAAACAAUUCAGAUUCACACUAAAUCCGAAGACUGGGAUACCACGAUUGGAUAAGCAUUCGUUAACUUAUCGAUUUUCUGAUGAAAUUUAUCUCGAUUUUGAACGUAUCCAGUAACAAAAGUUUGUUAAGACAUCUGACUCAAAUGAAUAAUAAAGUAUUCAGUUUAGUAAUGUAUCAUUUUAAUCAGGGGUGUAUUUAAGAACAAUUAUUGGACAGAAGGGAGUGAAUUUUUCUCUAAAUUUAGCUUCCGGAAUAAGUUCUUUGCUAAGCAGCGUUUUUAAAAAUUCGGUACUUUCAGCUAUAAACGUCGCAAACUUGAAUUUGAAGUUAGGGACAACAGACUGUUUCAUAUACGAGGGCGGUUCAAUAAGUACCCGUGUUAGAAAUGA